UUCAUUUUAUUUUAUUUUUAUUUUUUUUCUUUCUUCUUCCAUGCCCACAUACGAUCGAGACUUUGAGAUUGGUAACUUACCUGAAGGUUUAAAUGUAACUGAGUCCUUGGGUGCUCCUAGCCACCUGAAAACAACGUCGCUUGACCUUAAACAGAACAUAAAUCAAUUUGGUUUAGCAGGCAAAAUAUGGCAAAGACCAUAUCAUAUCCUUGAACUAGGUGCAGGCACAGGCUAUGUUGGCAUUGCACUUGCUCAACAAUUAAAGAAACCAUGCAAAGUCUAUAUUACUGAUCUAGAGCAAGUGGUGCCUCUGAUACAAGAGAAUGUUGACUUUCAUUAUAAGCCUACGCAUGAAUCUGCCGAAAUUAUUGUCGACAGACUUCAUUGGGGAAAUCGCCAAGACGCCAAAAGACUGUUGGACCAAGUCAAGCAUUUUGACUUGGUUGUUGUCAGUGAUUGUGUUUACUUUCCUGAAUUAUUUGGCAUAUUAUUAGAAACACUAUUAGAUGUGUGUGAUUCAGGAACACGGGUUGUGAUUGGUUACAAAUGUCGUUCACUCGAAAAGGAAGUUGGAUUCUGGCAAGAUUAUUUUGGUCGCUACUUUGACUAUGAGCCUGUGCGUAAGAUAGAAGAGAAACAAGAAAUAGGUGAUUUCUUGGGUGCAGAAGAUCAGUUGUUUGUAUUUGUUGGACAAAAAAGACCGAAAAAUCAAGUUAAAUCUGCAGAUGAUACAUUUACCACCUUAUUCCCAGGAGAAGAAUCCCAACCACAAUUUGCAUUUUCAUAUGCCGACGAAUACACUCAACUCUUAACCGAGUUACAUGAAGUUUACUGCAAAGAUCAACCUCAAGAUGCAUUACAAUACUGUGCUAAUUUCUUUAACCGAAAGUUAGAAGAACAAAGAGCCUCUUUUCUUCGAGGACAACAUAACUUUGAAACUGAGCAUCAUCCUUUAGCCGAAAAUGGAAGUAUAUUUGAACAAGAGCCUACUUUUAUGGACAACAGUUUCAGUAACCACUAUGAUGAAUAUGAAGAAGAUGAAAUAGACGAAGACGAAGACGAAGAGGAUGAAGCUAGAGAUAAUUUCUCUACAGCACCUCUUCAUUUGUCCAUUCCUACCAACUAUAAUCGAGGAAGACGUACCUCUGUAAGCGCAGAAUCCAUGGCACCUUCUUCACAGGGAUUUGUAAAGAAAUUUGUUGCAAAGACACCUGAACAAAUCGAAGCCAUCAAAAUUAGUGUCAAUCAAAACUUUUUGUUCAAGAACUUGGAUGAAGAACACCAUCAAGAUCUAGUGGAUGCUAUGGUCGAGACACACGUCAAAGAAGGUACAUCCAUUAUUGAACAAGGCGGUGUAGGUGAUUUCUUUUAUGUAGUUGCAUCAGGUACAUUCGAUUGCUUUAUCACCAAAGAGAAUGAGACCACCAAAGUGACUUCCUAUGAAGCUGGAGGUAGUUUUGGUGAAUUGGCGUUAAUGUACAAUGCGCCUCGUGCGGCAACUAUUGUGGCUACAUCAGAUGCUGUCUUAUGGGCUUUGGAUCGCGUUACAUUUCGAACUAUUUUGAUGGAAAACACUUCUCGCAAGCGUAAAAUGUACGAAUCUUUUCUAGAAGAAGUGCCUUUGCUUAAAUCACUCGAGCCUUAUGAGCGUCAUAAGAUUGCAGAUGCUUUAGAGUCUGUUUACUUUAAUGAUGGUGAACAUGUUAUUCUGCAAGGUGAUGUGGGCGAUCAAUUCUAUAUUAUUGAAUCAGGCUCCGCUGUGUUCUAUAAAGUGGACGCUAAUGGAGAUCAACAAGAAGUCAAUCAAUUCGAAAGAGGAGCUUAUUUUGGAGAGCUUGCAUUGUUAAAUGAUAGCCCAAGAGCAGCCACUGUUGUUGCUAAAGGUAGAUUAAAAUGUGCUACUCUUGGAAAGAAAGCCUUCACAAGAUUAUUAGGCUCUGUUCAUGAAAUCCUCAAAAGAAAUUCGGAAAAUUAUCAUGCCAUUAUCAAUCAACAACAAUAGACUAUACAUUCAUUUUUCCUUAUUAUUUUCCUUAAUCUCUAUUUGUUAAAUUCAAUUUAUAAGCACAUAAUAAAAAAUAAACACUUCAUCUUUCUGCCUUUGGAAUGCUGUUGUGUUGUCUUUGUUCUCCUUUA